CGUCACACAGGACGCAACCACAACGCUGGUGAAUUUGGGUUUCCGGUUCUGAUCGUUUCCAGUCGAAGCAAAAUACUUCACGGCAAUACUGGAAAUAUUGACAAACUGAGUGCCCUCCGGUUUGUUUUUCGGUUGCUGUUACCCUCCGUUUUAACAGAACAUUAGUUCAGGCAGUACAGUGUGUGUGUGUGAGUGGUUCAUGCAGAGUGGAGCAGCAGUGUUUGUGUUAGUAGAGUCAAAAUGGCGUCUGCUGCUUGCCCACUCAACAAUCGUUUAAUCCAUCUGUGAUUACACUAGUCUCGUAACUAGAUUCAGACGGCCUACGACGGUGCUUUAUUUCUCUAGCGUGUUUUUGUUUGUUUUGUUUUGCACGCUGAUAAAGUCGGAGCACAUUUCAUCGUCAUGUCGGACUCGGAGGAGGAAAGCCAGGACAAGCAGCUUAAAAUUGUAGUUGUUGGGGACGGUGCUUGUGGGAAGACAUCUCUCGCCACAAGGUUUGCACAGGAGGCUUUUGGGAAGCAGUACAAACAAACCAUCGGCCUGGAUUUCUUUCUGAAAAGAAUAAGCCUUCCAGGAAACUUAAACGUGACCCUGCAGGUGUGGGACAUUGGAGGCCAAACGAUAGGAGGAAAAAUGCUGGAUAAAUAUGUAUACGGAGCUCAUGGGGUUCUCCUGGUUUACGAUAUCACCAACUACCAGAGCUUUGAGAACCUGGAGGAUUGGUUCAGCCUGGUGAAGAAGGCCAACGAGGAAAAUGACAUCCAGCCGGUUGUCUUUCUGAUCGGGAACAAAGUCGACCUGGAGCACAUGAGGACAGUGAAGGCUGACAAACACCAGCGCUUCUGCCAAGAGAACAGCGCCAUCAGUCAGUUUGUAUCCGCCAAGACGGGAGACUCAGUGUACCUUUGUUUCCAGAGAGUGGCUGCUGAGAUUCUUGGUGUCAAGCUAAACAAAGCCGAAAUUGAGCAGUCCCAGAUGAUUGUGAAGGCUGAGCUGGUGGCGUACCCACAGGAUGAAGGCCCAAUUACACAAGAGAACAACCAGCAAAGCAAAAUCUGUUCUGUUCAAUAGUUGGAACGCGUGGUGAAGGCGGACAUCGUGAACUACAGUCAGGACACCGUGGCCAGGACAGUCAACCCCCCCCGCAGCUCCAUGUGUGUGUUGCAGUGACGCCUCCAGCAGUCACAGACACAUAUACACACACAAAGUCACACUUAAAAAUUGCCUUCAGUCAGUAUUCCUCUGAAAUGUGUUCAGAGUGUGUUCUCUGUUUUCCUGUGUGUCAGUUGUACGGGUUCGAAAAAGAACAGACUGUGUGGUUUUCAAGACCUUGGCCUCUAGUUCGGAUAUUUAGCAGGAACGAUUUCUUGGGUGGUUUACCAAAAAGGAAACGGGACCAUUUUUUUCAAGUUUACGCGCAGCUAUGAUUUAAUUUCUAUGAUUCACCUUAAGUAAAUAUAAAAAUAAGGCUUGAUUAUGUGUUAGUAUGAAGCCUGUAGUACCCAAGUGUCAAGUUGAGCUGAAACGUACCACAUGUUAUUAGAAGUCUCUACAUAGCCUUAUUCAACUGUCCGUUAUAGAACAGAAGUUUGCAUUGAGAAUGGUUAUGACGCAUGAAAUGCUUCAUAGGAUCUCCAUUCUGACCACAUUUUAAUAGCCUGUUUGGCAGUAUGUGUAUUUUUAGAGACAGUUGGGAAAUUGCGUUCAACAAGUGAAAGUAGUUUCUACAUGCUAGUACAUGUUGGCAUGAUUUAAUGUGUUGUCCACCUACAGAACAUAUCCGCCAUACGUGUAAAAUAUGUAUUUGUACAAUUAAAGCUUCAUUUCAAAGCUGCUUUAAUUGAUUAGAAGUGAUCAUCCUGUAAAUUGUAAUCAAGUAAACAAAAUGUAAGCUUUAAAAAAACAAAACAAGAAU